AUGCCAACACUUCAAUCAUUUCGGCUUGAGUCUCAAAUUUGUUCCAUUCCUCAGCAAGUAAGCUCGAGCACCGUGUUUCCCUCUUCUCAGCUGAGAAUAGUCUACAAUCAGUUAGAAAUCUAUGCAGGUAACCUCUUUCAAAAAAUCAGUACUCAGCCAAAAUAUUUUCGGCCCCCUUGCCUGAGGACUGUUGCCGAUAGAAUGCGGAUCAACGCUUUUAGAAAAGGUUCAAAGUCAUAUAUCCAGCACUUACAAGGAGACGAGUGA